UGUGACAUCUGAUCUGAGUCUGACACAUUGUGUCAAGAAUUAAAGAUGUUAAACUUUCAUUACAUUUUAUUUGACUGAAAUUUUCGAGUUUACGUCUGAAUUUCUAGAAAUAAUCCCGACGCAAACAGUUGUUAAAAUGGCUAGUACAAUAAUUGUGGCUGGAAUAGGUAUGGCAGCCGUUGGUUUUGCCGGAAGGUAUCUCUUGAAACAAAUGCCUAAUGCUUCCAUGAAAUUUGCCGAAGCUGUUAAAAAUUUGCCAAAAUUUGAUACGGAAAGUUUAGCAAAUUCUAAGUACUAUAAAGGUGGCUUCGAACCUAAAAUGACCAAAAGAGAAGCAGCUCUCAUAUUAGGAAUUAGUCCAACAGCUAGUAGAGCAAAGAUCAGAGAUGCCCACAGAAGAGUAAUGUUAUUAAAUCAUCCAGACCGAGGUGGUUCACCAUUGAUAGCAGCUAAAAUCAAUGAAGCAAAAGAUGUUCUAGAAAGUGGUAAAUCGUAAGCUUCAGUGAAAAUGUUUAGGUUUUAGAUCAAAUUAUAGAAAACAAUAUAUUAAGUAUACAAAAAUGUUAAAUAUAGUAAAUAAAACAAUGUUUCAACUUUAA